AUGUUAAGGCGGUACUUGGGACACAUGACAGAUCCCAGAAGCCGCCGGACCAAUCACAAAGCACAAGUGCUUCUCGCUCAUGCGCACUGGGCACCCGGCUGUCAUGCCGAGCGCCGACACUACAGAAGCCGGGAGGACAGCGCGCGGCUGGAUAGAGGAACAGGUAAGAUCAAAGUACAACUCCGUGGAAGUAAGAGCGGGUACCUGUCAAAUUCAGUACCCGCUCCCCACCUCUCCAAAGGUCAGCAGACAGUGCUUCUUGAAACCAGUCAGCAGUCAUCUCCUGUGCUGUCCGCAGUCUCUGGUCAUCCCUGUGCUGUCCGCAGUCUCUGGUCAUCUCCUGUACUAUGUCUGCAG